CUGAUGAUGUUGGGCUUGUGGUCUCUGCUUCUUCUCUGGGGUCUAGCAACUCCGUGCCAGGGGCUGCUCGAGACAGUGGGCACGCUCGCUCGGAUCGACAAGGAUGAGCUCGGCAAAGCCAUCCAGAAUUCGCUGGUCGGGGGGCCCGUUCUGCAGAAUGUGCUGGGGACGGUCACAUCAGUGAAUCAGGGCCUCCUGGGCUCAGGAGGGCUGCUUGGAGGAGGCGGCCUGCUGAGCUCUGGAGGGGUUUUUGGCGUCGUUGAGGAGCUCUCUGGGCUGAAGAUUGAGGAGCUCAGGCUGCCCCAGGUGUCUCUGAAACUGCUGCCAGGGUUCGGGGUGCAGCUGAGCCUGCACACCAAGGUGGGCCUGCAUGGCUCUGGCCCCCUGGGGGGCCUUCUGCAGCUGGCGGCCGAGGUGAACGUGUCGUCGCGGGUGGCGCUGGGCAUGAGUGCGCGAGGCACGCCCAUCCUCAUCCUCAAGCGCUGCAGCACGCUCCUGGGCCACAUCAGCGUGCUGUCGGGGCUGCUGCCGGCACCGCUUUUUGGGGUCGUGGAACAGACACUCUCCAAGGUGCUGCCGGGAUUGCUUUGCCCCAUGGUGGACAGUGUGCUGGGUGUGAUGAAUGAGCUCCUGGGCUCUGUGCUGAGCCUGGUACCCCUUGGGGCUCUUGGGUCAGUGGAAUUUUCUCUGGCUACGCUGCCUCUCAUCUCCAACCAGUACAUAGAGCUGGACUUCAACCCCAUCGUGAAGAGCAUAGCUGGUGACAUCAUCGACUUUCCCAAGCCCCCUAAGCCCAUCAAGAUCCCCCCGAAGGAGGACCACACAUCCCAAGUGACAGUGCCACUGUACCUCUUCAACACCAUGUUUGGACUCCUGCAGACCAACGGUGCUCUUGACAUGGACAUCACCCCUGAGCUGGUUCCUAGCAACGUCCCACUGACAACCACGGACCUGGUGGCUCUGGUCCCUGAGGCGCUCGGGAAGUUGCCCCCAGGCCAGCACCUCCUACUCUCACUGCGGGUGAAGGAAGCUCCCACCUUCACACUCCAGAACAAGAAGGCCACGGUUUCCAUACCGGCUGUCAUCUGCGUGCUGUCCAAUGUCACUAAAAAGACUCCUGAAGAGCUCUUUGAGUUGAACGGGGUUAUGACUCUAAAUGCCCAGCUGUCUCCCUCAGCUACCAAGCUGCACCUCUCCCUGUCCCUGGAAUGGCUCCAUGUCAAGCUGGCCUCCGCCUUUGCUCAGCCCUUUGAUGCAUCCCGUUUAGAAGAAUGGCUCAGAGAUGUGAUCCGGGCAGCAUAUGUGCCGAAGCUCAACGCGGAUGUGGAUGUUGGAAUCCCCCUGCCUAAGGUUCUCAAUGUCAGUUUUGCCAAUGCGGCCCUGAAGAUCAUAGAGAAUGCUGUUGUGCUGACCGUGGCAUCCUGAGGCAGAGAGGUGGCCACCAUCCU